ACGGAUUUCUUUAAACACUUCGGAGGCUCGCCGGGAGGCCUUCAUUUUUCUGCCAACGACAAACGAUUUGGCAUCCACGUAAGCACGCAUUUGCCUCUGCUAUUCAUUCUGUGCGAUUGUUAUCUUGAUAGAUGCCAACAAGAAACCCAUACUAGUAGCUCUCUCAGAGGCAACAUCAACAUGUCGUCGUCCGGUCCAAUCGACCUCCUCUCGGGGGAUGCUCCUGCUAUACAACCGGCAGGCGAUGAAGAGUACUCGGCUCCCCCUUCUCGAGGAUCUCCACCUCGCAGUUCAGCUCCCUAUGUCGCCAUGGAGAUUGCAGGAGCUCGCUUGGCAAGUCCUGGCAUGCCAGACCAGUUUCAAAAUGAAUACAAGAAUGGUGAUGACGACGACAAUAAAUCCGUUGACAUGUCCAGUGUCCUGACGGCCGAUGGGAUUCACGAUGUUCCCGGAUUCUGUGUCGUAUGCCUUGUGAUUCUGAUUGGCGACAUGUCUCGUGGAGCCAUGUUCCCGUCCAUGUGGCCUUUGGUGGAAAAGCUAGGCGGAGACAGGGUGACAUUGGGAUACGCCGUUGCCGCGUUUAGUUUUGGUCGCAUUCUGGUCAACCCCGUCUUUGGCAGUUGGAGCCAUACAUGGGGCUAUACCAAUACACUCUUGCUCAGCACGUCACUGCUGCUCUUUGGAACCUUCUGUUAUUCACAAGUCCUCAAUGUGGGUCGACCAGAGUUUCUCAUUGUAGCACAAACAAUGCUCGGUGUCGGAUCGGGAACUCUGGGUGUCACCAGAGCCUUUGUGGCAGACGUUACCGCCAAACGAAGUCGCACCACCUACAUGGCGUGGGUCACUGCCGUUCAGUAUGGUGGAUUCACCGUCACACCCUUUGUAGGAGCAUUUUUCAACAAGGUACUCGGAGAAGACACUGACGUUCAUUGGGGUUUGUUUCGAUUCAACAUGUACACGGCCCCCGCUUACUUUAUGGCAGUGGUCAUUGCCUUUGUCAUUGCCAUGCUCUUGGCCUUCUUCCAAGAUCGUCAACGAAUAUCCACUGUCAAGGAACAGCCAAAGAGAAAGUCGCAACGACGGGCCUACAUUGACGACGUUGCCAAUAGCUUUCCAUCAUGGCUUUGUGGAUUGUGCGUGUACGACGCUUGCAUUCUAGGAUGCAUGCUCCUCAACGUUUCCACCAAGGGAAGCAUUGCCUCCUUCGAGACGCUUGGUAUUUCCUUUGCCGAGUCACAUUUCCAAAUGGCAUCCUCGCGAGCUGGUACCAUUGUGGCCUCAUCGGGUCUCGUGGGAGUCUGUGCGCUCCUCUCGUUUGGGUAUCUGACGCAAUGGUUCUCCGAUGUCCAAUUGAUCAAGGGAGGCAUGGCAAUCAUGGCCACGGGGAUUGUCAGUCUAGCUUUUCUCAGCGAAGAUUCUGCCGAAAACAACAACGACGACAAUCCCACAUGGCGAUAUGUCUCUGCCAUUUUCCUCAUCUAUGGCAUCGGGUACCCCGUAGGACACACAGCAGUGAUUGGAUUGUUUUCCAAGGUUGUCGGACGACGACCUCAAGGUGCCCUGAUGGGAUGGUUUGCCUCGGCUGGAUCCCUUGCACGGAUCUUGUUCCCCGUGCUUUCGGGCUACAUUGCACAUUACAGUGACAUGUCGACCUUGUUCAUCCUUUUGACUUGCGUGUUGACCAUUUCCAUAAUAUUUGUGUUCAUGUCGCGGGAAACCUUGACACUACUGUCAUCUUGAGGUGUCGGACAAAUCCCAACUAAAGGUCUAAUGUCUCCCCCCCCGCUUCCGUCCAAAACGUUUUGGUCCUAGUAUAGAAGUUAUGCGACCAAUAAUACAUGUACAGUGAAAGUCAUCAUGUACAAUUAUUGAGAAAGAAACCGUUGUGUCAUGAUUCUUCAUCCAUACAGUAGAGUAAAGUACUAUGUUAACAAAGUGAUGUCAAUCUU